AUGGCAACAUCCACAGUUCAACGAAUUCCUUACUCGGCACCCCGAGAAGAAUUCAUCAAUGCUUUGAAGAGAGACGGAUGUGUAAUUGUUCGGAACUUUACGGAUCUUGAGACUCUUGAACAAGCACGACGUGAAGUUGAGCCCUGGUUGAACAAAAAUGAUAACAGCCAGGUUGGAGCAUUAAAUGGAGGCACAAAAACAUGUACUCGUUUGAUCGGACGAAGCAAGACCGUCCGCGAGAAGUUCUUUUCUGAUCCUUUGUAUCAAUAUCUUGGGGAAGAAUUCUUGGGCAUCACUACCACCAACUGGUACAAUGAAGAGCCCUCAACAAACACAACCCACCCUCUUCUCUCUAUAGCCAUAACCAUGGACACCCGCCCCGGCGCUCAGGCCCAAAAACUGCACCGUGAUGACAAAAACCAUCACGCACGACACCAAAGGGUCGACGCCUACCACACAAACCGCGACAUGCUCCUUGGUUUAUUCGUCCCUGGUUGUGACACAACUCGCGAAAUCGGCGCUACAAGGAUCGUCCCCGGAAGUCACCUGUGGGGUGAUGAGCAACCAGACUUUGGACCAAAUGGCGAUAAAGGUGUUAUUGAUGCCGAACUCAAAGCUGGUGAAGCUUUUAUCAUGCUCGGUAGUCUCUACCAUGGAGCUGGACAGUACUAUAAGUCCACGGGCAACCGUAUGGUUCAUAUUAUGUUCAUGUGUAGUGGCAUUUACCGUCAAGAGGAGAUUUCAUAUCUUUCCUAUCCAAUUGAAGAUGUCAAGACUUAUUCCAAGCUUGUGCAGCAAAGACUGGGAUGGAAUCAAUCCGAGCCAAAUCUUGGUUGGGUAGACCUCAUGUCGCCUGAAGCUCUAUUGAAAUGA